UUAAUAAUGUGCUUCAGGUGUGUUUCUCCUUCUCUGCGAAGUCUGAGACCCUCUGUGUGGAGAGUAUUAUACUACAGUCCAGUGUGGGGAAUCAGCCACAGCAGCACAGCUUGGUGCAAUGGACAACUCAUCUGACUACAGAUCAGAAGAUUCUAGGUCAGUCAUGCAGUCCUGUAGUUCUACUGUCUGUGUCCUGAUCUUACUGACAACUACACUCACUACUGAUUCUGAGUCAGCAGUUCAUUCAGUAAAGGUGAAUCUUCAUGACUCUGCUACUCUGUCCUGCUCUGAGAGAUGCUCUGGUUUGGUCAGAUGGACUGUGUACCAUAAACCCACUGAUGUUCUGGCUGAGUGUGAUCAGACUUCAUGUAGAUCAGUGAAGGAGGGAUAUCAGAUGAUCCAUGAUGAGUACCUGAAGGGGAAUCUCUCUCUCACCAUCACUGACGCUGAUUUCAGUAAGAGAGGCUGGUACACGUGUUGGUGUGACAACAAAGACGUCUGUGAUGUGAAUCUACAGAUUGAGCCCUUGAAUACUCCCGUUCAGAUAAAGCCUGGUGAAUCUCUGGUGCUGAAGUUGGACAUAUUAGAUCCAGUGAAGGUUAUUUAUAACAGCACUGAUGCAGCUGGACCAUCCAGUGGUCAGAUAUGUACAGUGGAUGGACGCUCAACACAAUGUAAACCUGAAUAUAAACAGAAAAUGGCACUGUUCUCUGCUCUUGAGCUGAGAGGAACGACGCCAUCUGACAGUGGAGAUUAUAUUAUAAUGGACAUCAGGAAUGAAGAGGUCAUUCACAUCUACACAGUGACCAUCAAAGAUGACCAGCCAUGUCCAUGCAGAGAUCAGAGAGCUGUUGUACCAGCAUGGAUGUUUGCUCUGACGAUGGUUGCACUAGUAAUUGUGUGUUUGGUAUCAGUGGUGAGGAGUUUGCGAAAGAGGAGAGAAACUGAACGGCACUGAAUCAUAACUGCAGGGAAAAUCGAGUUGAACUAAAAAAAAACUGCAACGUUCAACUUCUGUUAAAAAUGAUGAAAAAGAAAUGAGUUAUUUGCUGCUUGUAUUCAGGAAACCUGCAAGAUCCAAUCCAAGAUCUAAGACCAAUUAUCCAAUCAGCCAAUCACAUGGCAGUAUGAGUCUAGAGGUUCAUUUAGGAUUCCCCCCAAACAUCAUGGAAGAAGAAAUUGGGAUCUAAAUGACAAUCAGAACAGGGAGAAGCAGCGAAAGGAGGACAAGAACAGGGAGAAGGAGUAAAGAAGGAUCGGACAGGGAGAAGGAGCUAAAGGAGGCUCAGAACAGGGAGAAGGAGUGAAAAGAGGGUCAGAACAGGGAGAAGGAGCUAAAGGAGGAUCAGGACAAGGAGAAGGAAAGGAAGGAGGAUCAGGACAGGGAGAAGGAGCGAAAUGAGGAUCAGAACAGGGAGAAGGAGUGAAAGGAGGAUCAGAACAGGGAGAAGGAGCGAAAGGAGGAUCAGAACAGGGAGAAGGAGUGGAAGGAGGAUCAGAACAGCGAAAGGAGUGAAAGGAGGAUCAGGACAGGGAAAAGGAGUGGAAGGAGGAUCAGAACAGCGAAAGGAACGAAAGGAGGAUCAGAACAGGGAGAAGGAGCGAAAGGAGGAUCAGAACAGGGAGAAGGAGCGAAAGGAGGAUCAGGACAGGGAGAAGGAUUGGAAGGAGGAUCAGAACAGCGAAAGGAGCGAAAGAGGAUCAGAACAGGGAGAAGGAGCGAAAGGAGGAUCAGAACAGGGAGAAGGAGCUAAAGGAGGAUCAGGACAGGGAGAAGG